AUGUAUUUGCUACUAAUUCUUUUACAACUACUUACUUUUGCUGCAACUCAAGAAAUUAGCGGGGUUUUCACAUCUUUUAACUCAUUGACUUGGUUAAAUAGUAACCCCAAUACCUUUCAAACUCCUGCAUCUCCUGCAUGGAUUGCUGAAUUAAGUUGGAAGAUUGACGGUUCGGUGGUGCUGGCUGGUGAUACGUUUUCCUUAACUAUGCCUUGUGUGUUCAGGUUCUAUACGGACCAAGACUCGGUUAAUUUGCGCGUUGGUUCAACCAAUUAUGCUACUUGUGAUUUUAUUACGGGUGGAAUAUCUCUGACUGAUUCUGAAUUGAAUUGUGUAUUGCUGGAUGAGGUUGAAGAACUGAUUUUAGCUGUUGGGAAAUUAACGUUUCCUAUUGUUUUCAAUAUAGGGAGAUCGACUGAGGAUGUAGAUUUGUAUUGCUCAACUUUCUAUCAAGGAGGGUUAAACACUAUUUCAUUCAUGGAUGGAGACAAUACCCUUUCUAUUGAUGUUGAAUUCCAAGAUGGAACUCCAAGUGGAGACCCAAAUGGACCAAUGUAUGGUGCACGAAUGCUUCCAUCCAGCAAUAGAUGGCAAAAUUACGUAUUAGGAGGGUUGUGUCCCGGAGGACUCAGCACAGCAACAAUCGGUAUAACAAUCAACGAUGAUGUAAGUACAAUUGACUGUGAAACUGCUAAUAUCCGCCUUACAAAUGCAGUCAACGAUUGGUUCUAUCCCGAGUCGUUCAAAACAUUUACCACUGCCUCGAAAUUAUGUAGGCUGAACUCGUUUAUGAUUACUUAUUGGGGUGUGCCUGAUGGCUAUCGAGUAUUCAUUGAAGCAGUUAUUAACACAGAUGGCAACCCUCCUCGUGUACAGUACACAAACAAAUACUUGUGUCCCACUACUAUUGACAAUGGAGUCUGGGUGAAUUGGUUACCGUAUGACAGCGUUGAAGCAGACGGGCCUGGAAAGGAGAUUAUUACAGUCACCGAAACAUGGACAGGUCUGGAUACUGAAACGAUAACUAAGUCAUUUGAUGAAGAUGAGGAUCUUACAAUCACUAUUGCUGUUAAUAUCCCUAUUCCUACAAUCACAUUGACAGAAACUUAUGUGGGAAUUACUACCAGUUAUACAACAUAUACAGUAGAACCAGGGGAAACUGCUAGUGUAGUUGUGUAUGACCCUGUUCAUACUACUAUCACUGAAGAAUCUUGUUGGGAAAGUGACGAGCUGAUUACCACCACCAUCAUUGAUCCAGAUUGGGCUAGUGAUACAAUUUUGAUUGUCACACCCUGCGAGGUGACAUCAACAGAACAAGAGGAACUGUCAACCAAAGUGGAGGAUAUACCAUCAGAUGAUACUUUAGAUGAUGAUUCCUACAAUCCACCUGAAAUAGCAGACAAUGCUUCCAGUGAAGAAAUCACUUCAGGGGAGGUCCAAUCAACUGAGAUUCUUUCAUCAGAGGAGGUCCAAUCAACCGAGAUUCUUUCAUCAGAGGAGGUCCAAUCAACCGAGAUUCUUUCAUCAGAGGAGUCAUUUUCGCAGGAUUCCACAACAGUACCAUAUGGUUCAACAAAGGAAACAGAGAUUUCCACUGAAAUAGUUCUAGAAGAAACAUUUUCAACCGAGGAUACCACACCGGAGAAUAACACAUGGGAUGGGCUUACUGAUGAUGAUUCUCAACAACCAUCUUCAAACACUAAAAACGAUUCUAAUGAAGAGUAUACCUCAGACCAAAUAGAUAUAUCAUCUUCUGGUUCAGAAACCUCAGCUAAACAAACUACUACUGAGACUAUACCAGACAAUCACACAACAGAUAUUGUACAAGAAGAUCCUGGAACCGAAAUUUUGCUGGUAGAAAAUACAACUGUUAGAGUACCUGAUGAUAAUACAACUGACAUUUCCCCUCUGGAUGUAAUUUGCAACCUGGAAAAUGAAGCAAGCUCAGAACCGAACGAAACAAGAACCUAUGUCAGCAUAGUCCCUACGACUAAAUCUAAAGAUUCUACAAUAACAUCUGCUUUUUCUGGAUACGAACAAGAUACUAUCACUAAGGUUAUCACAUACACUACCACCAUAUGUGAACUGGAUACAGUCACUCAGGUAAUUACAUAUACCACCAUAAUUACCAAUCACGAUUCCAUUGCAAAGACAGCAACGGAAAUGACUACUGAAGCAACUUCAUUUGCGGUUACAACUGUUGGUGAAACCAGAACCAUCAUCUACCUUCAAGAUAGCAUGGGAACUACCAAUGAUACUGGAAACAACUCGCUGAAUACAAAGUCCGAUAGUAGAACAGCUAGCAAUAAUACUGGAAACAACUCGCUGAAUACAAAGUCCUAUAGUGGAACAGCUAGUAAUGAGGAGAUUCAGACUACUGCAAAUUCAGAAAACAAUUCAGAACACACCAAAUCAGAGAGUGGACAAAGUGACAUUUCUGAAUAUUACUCAGGAGGUACAGAAUCUGAUAGUGGAAAAGGUAACAAGUCUGUUGUUCCUGAAGAGAAUCAAGGAACUAACUCAAGAAACAACAAUUCAAGUACAAAUUCAAACAACCGGUCUGAUGACCAAACUACGAGAGGCUCAUACAGUACAAGCCUCCAAUUGGUCACCUCUAAUGGUAUUGGUUCUACAAGAGGAACCUCAACUUUUAGUUUGCUUUUCACUUUUGUGAUUGCCAUUUUAUAUUAGAUAUUUGAUACAAGUGGUAUACACAUGUUUAUACCACUUUUGUAGUUUCUAAAGUCUGUACUAUUAAAGAGACACAUUACUCUAGUUUGUAUUAGUUAUGUAACUUUAUAAUCAUUAAACUUUAUAACCUAAAUUUUAUAGCUCUUAAACUUUGCAACCUUUAAAUGUCUAUUAAUAGUUUCUGCACGGUUAUGUUAAUUUAGAUAUAUUAAGUCCGGGAAGUUUCGGAGAAUCAAAUAAUACCAAUUUGAAUCAGCUUAUACUCGUAGGAACUUAUCCAAAAAAAAAUAUCGCUUACUAUUAGCUUCACUCACCUAUCACAUACCAGUAAAUCAUAAACUAUAAUACCAUAUCUUUAUCAUUUGAGCUAGUAUUUAACCAGUCAUCUUAUGGUAGUGAUUAUACCAGGGAAGCAGGUAUAAUCUCACAAUGGUUUGCAUACCUUUAAGAAAAAGAAAAGUAGACUGAGUUUUGAUUUUUUUUUUUCAAUAUCGAGCCAUAAACUGGUGGUCAGGCUCAUAAUCCUAUAUUAACGGCCAUAAUAACCACAGACAAAGAAAACAGGGCAGAUUCAUCACCUUUACACGUGACAAGGUUUGAAGCACAAUUAUCAAAUGCAAAAAAAUCUGCUCAAAUAAAUGACCAAAAGUAUUGAUCUUUAUUUAGCUUUGUUUGCUUCUAGAUGUUCUCAUAAUCGCGCGAUACAACAUCAACUAGAUAAUGUAAUAAAUAGCUCUCGAUAUUUAGUGUGUGUGUGUGGGAAGAUGACUGACAAAAAAGAACCACGGAUGUAACAAACACCGGAAACACAAAACAAAGCUUUAACCAAAUCAUCAGCAAGCUUCCAAAGGGUGUGGUUAUGAAACGAACAGAAUCAUAAUGGAACAUGUGAUAAUAACAU